UAAAUUCCCACCUUAUAUAAACAUAUCAGUCUUCUAAGUCUCUAGCUCUCUAUAACCAUAUUCUGCCAAUAUAAUUAGCCAUUUUUUUCAUGUCAUAAAUAUAGAUUUGGGACCUCUUCGGAUUGUUUAAGGUUUUGGGGAAAAAAAAAAAAAAAAAAAAAGUCCAUAUGGGAUCAGUGGAAAGAACAAAAAAGAGAGUCCAUCUAUGGAAAAAGGCUAUUGUCCAUUUCUCUUUAUGCUUUGUCAUGGGGUUCUUCACUGGCUUUUUCCCAACUAGUAAGUCUUCAAUUUUCUCUCAUUAUAACCAUGUUGUUGCAUCAAACAAGCCGGAGGUUCCUCCGGUGCAUCCGCCGGUCGAAACGUUUCAACGGGCGAAUACGAGUCGUGCAGGUGAAACGCCUUUGGAAGCGGCUCUUCCUGAGGCCAUGCCUCAGUUAGAGCACCUUCAAAGGGUAAAAUUGUCAGAAGAGGAAGGAGAAGAACAACAAGAAGAACGACGAAAAGAAGAAGAAAAACUCGAUUUGACGCCGAGGAAGCUUGUGAUCAUAGUCACACCGACAAGCACAAAGGACAAGUUCUCUCAAGGUGUGCUUCUGAGGAGGUUGGCCAACACUAUAGGCUUGGUUCCACCACCAUUGUUGUGGAUUGUUGUUGAGGGCCAAACCGAAUCGGACGAAGCGUCGCGAACACUAAGGAAAACAGGAAUCAUGUACAGGCAUUUGGUGUUCAAAGAGAACUUCACAGACACUGAGGCUGAACUCGAUCACCAAAGGAAUGUUGCGCUCAAGCACAUUGAGCACCACAGGCUCAGCGGGAUUGUCCACUUUGCAGGCCUUUCUAAUGUCUAUGAUCUCGAAUUCUUCAACGAGCUCCGAAAAAUCGAGGCAUUUGGGACAUGGCCAGUGGCACUACUGGCAGCAAAAAGGAAUAAGGUGACAAUUGAAGGACCUGUCUGUGAUUAUUCACAAGUUAUAGGAUGGCAUCUGAGGAAAAUGAACAAUGAAACUGAGGAUUCCAAGCCUCCAAUUAAUAUUUCAAGUUUCGGCUUCAACAGCUCAAUCCUCUGGGAUCCAGAAAGAUGGGGUCGAACUUCCUCUGUCCAAAGCACCUCUCAGAGUUCUAUCAAAUUUGUGAAACAAGUGGUUCUUGAAGACGAGACAGAAAUAAAAGGAAUACCACCAAAUGGCUGCUCAAAAAUCAUGCUUUGGCGUCUUCAUUUACCAACUCAAACGACACCAAGGAAUCCACCUCCUCUACCUUCUUCAAUUGAUGGUAGUAACCAAAGAUGAAGAGAGGAACUCAAGAAACAAGAAUAGUUAAAAUGUGAAGAUUGAAGAAUACCAUUCUUUUCUCUUACUUCUUUUUUUUUUUUUAACUUUAUUAA